CAAUGAAAAAUUAGAGCAUACCUUGACUUUUAUUGCAUGGGUUGGUGACACGCUAACAUUUAAAAAACAAGCCGGUUCGACCCGAUCAAUCUGCAGCAAUUAAUCCGAUCCAAAGCAAAACAAGCGGAGAUGCAGCGGCACUUACGACGGGUGACGGGAUCUACCUCUCGGCGACAGAUACCGCGUGACAGGGUGGCCCCCAGAUCAACACCAGCCGUCUAUCAAGCUGAUCCGACGGACAACACAAACGCGGGUCCCAUGUCCAACAAAGCAGAUGCCACGUCGUCCAACACCCCAACUCAGCUGCAGGCGCGAAGCGCCAAAGAAAACCAUUUCCUCUCUCUCCCUUCCUCCCCGUUCGCGGCCUCUGCCUCUCAAUACCUCUUAAAACCACUUGUCCUCCCUUCUCCCGUUCUUCUGCUCUACCGUCCCUGGGAUUUUUCUCUUCUCUCUUCUGAGAGCUCUCUCUCCUUUUCCUGCCACCAAAAGAAGGAAGGGAAAAAAAAUCCAAGAGAAAAGGAGGAAAUAAGCAGUAGAAAAGAAAGAGAGGGAGAAAUUAAGGAACAAAAAGGAAGGAAAAAGCUCAGAUUUGUUCUCUUUUACUUGUCUCCAUUUUCUCCAGUGUGGUUGGCUUUUGUUUCGGCUUUCUCUCUUAAUCCAUCUAGUAGAGAAAUAAUGGAAUGGUGGGAGAGACCGCCGUCGCGGCGCGGCCGCAACAAGCCCUCCUUCUCCUCCUCCCUCCUCGACUCCAUCUACCGCUCCAUCGACGAAUCCGAUGGCGGCGGAGGAGGUCCAGCGCCGGAUCACCGCAGAGGCGGAGCACCCGAUCCAUCCUUUACCUACUCCUCUACCGCCACCGCAGCCGCCGCCGCUCGAAAGAAGCAGAGCGCGGACGAGCUCGAGUGGAACGCUGCAGCGGUGAGCCACAGGGCGGUGAUCCGACGCGGCUCGAGGGACUGCAGCCGCUGUAUCGUCACUCCCGCCUCCAGCUCCUCGGAUUCCUCCAGCUACGGCGGCUUCUCCUCCUCCUCCGAGGCCGAGUCGGCGGCGGCCUACUACUCGGCCGGGGUGAAGCCGGUCCUCUCGGACCGGAUCCGGUCCGGCGGUCCGGAGGUCCCGCCGGAGAAGAAGAAGGGCUCCUCGAUCCGCAGCCGGUUGCGCGACCUGAGAAAGGGCCGGGCCCCGACGUCGCCGGGGGCGCGUCUGGCGAGCUUCCUCAACGGGCUGUUCACCGCCGUCGGGAACCCCAAGAAGCCCAAGAUCGCGGCCCCGCCAUCGCUGGAGUCCGCAUGCUCGCGUUCGUGUCUCAGCAAGACGCCGUCGUCGAGGGGACGGCGUAAGCCGUCGGCGGCGGGGGACGGGGGCAAGAGGUCGGUGCGGUUCUGCCCCGUAAGCGUGAUCGUCGGCGAGGACUGCCGGCCGUGCGGGCACAAGUGCCUUUAUGACGCCGAUCUGACGGCGGCGGCGGGGCCGGGGCCGCGGCCGCCGGCGGUGGUGAGGAGGGUGGAGGAAUUGCUUCGGGGUUUGGAGGGGGAGGAGGAGGAAGACGCUAUCAGCGAUUCGAGCUCGGAUCUGUUCGAGUUGGAGAAUUUGACGGGGAUCGGACGGUACCGGGACGAGCUACCGGUGUACGAAACGACCGACGUGGGGACCAAUCACGCCAUCGCCCAGGGUUUAGUUGUGUAAAAGAAAACUUAAAAAAAUAGAAAAAUUCAAGUUUAGGGGAAAAAGUAUGUAUUUCCUGGGAAAUUAGUGCUUUCCAUUUUGGGUAUAAUUAAUAAAUUUUGGACUAAGUGCCAACCGGGUGAAAUAAAAAAAAAGGUUUAUGUAAA